AUGUGGCCCCCAGUGCCGUGCGGAAACGCUGAGGACCCAGAUGAUACGGCGGCCGCACGAGCGGCCAACGCGCCGCCGCUGCUGCCGGCCAAACGGCCGCGGGCUCUGACACCUCCGCUUCCUUCUGAAGAUGGUGUAGGAGAGGGAGAUGACGAGGGCGGCAGCAGAAAUGGAGGAGAGCAGCAAAGCAGCAGCAGCAGCAGAUACAUGCUGCGAAACCGGCCUGGCCCAAAUAUCACAAAGGCUGCCCGCAAAACUUCGUCUUCGGGCCGUCAGCGCACAGCCGACCAAACGCAGUCUCGGUUGCUUUCGACACUGCCCGCCGAGAUUCGCCGAGCUAUUUGGAGGCACGCCGUGGGCGGGCAGCUACUUCACAUGGCCCGUGUCCCCAACAGACUCGUCGCUCUUGAAUGCGCCCAGCCAAAGGACCUGACCAAGGACCUGGAGACCCUCAGGCAUGACUGCUGGUGCAUGACGAGAAUCGGAGCCCUUCGUGGUACCAUUACACGCGUGUACCGAGCCAAGAACAGUGCCCAGCCCACACGACCUGCCAACCUUCUUCCUCUGCUGCAGACCUGUCGGCUAAUAUACGCUGAAGCAGUGUCAAUGCUAUACCAAGACAACAUCUUUGAUAUUGAUCAUGUGGAUACACUUCUUUACAUGAAAAGAUGUAUACUCCCUCAGCGUCUACAUCAGAUUACAAGACUUAACUACUCUUGGGAUUUCUCUCAACCUGUAUACCCAGAUUCUCCACGCUACAAGACCUGGUGUGAAGCGUGCAAUGUGCUCUCAAGUCUCAGCGGACUACAGGAGCUUACAAUACACCUCACCGGAACUUUCGAGGUAACCUCGGAGUAUUUCGAAAGUAAGUCCUGGGUGCCCCUGCUGGAUGAACUCAAGCAGGUCAAGGCAACCCGGCGAUACGACGUGUAUAUCCCAUGGUCCGAGGAGGAGUGCAGCAGGGCGGCCGCUGAGAAUGACUUCCCUUUCACCUUGGUGUCUCGGCCCCAGAAGCCGCUUAUCCCACGGAAAACUGCCAAGGGCGAGAUCGUUACGCUAUUUUAG